UAAUUAAUAUUCGAAAAUGACUAAUAGAGCAAUCUGGGGCUUUUAAAUGAUUUCACAAUUUCUUAAUACGGGAACCGUCGAGGGAAUCCCUGGGACAAACAGUGAGGCAGAAUUUACACGACUACGAUGAAUAAAAAAAAGUAAGAAGAGCCAGGCAAGGAGACACAUGAUAACAUGUUCUCUAGCAGCAGUAUAAGCGAAUCAUUCAAUACACGAUACGAGCGUGCAUGUAUCAGUCUUUCUCUGAAUGGCACGCGAAUCUGACGUUCAAUAAAUAUCGUGGCUUCAACGAGAAUCGAUAAUCAUAAACAUGUUUUCCUGCAAAACUGAUCUACCGAUACUUCGGCUAACGUUUGCAUUAGCAUGUAUAUUCGCGAAACCGGUGUUUCCUUACGUGCUACCAGAUCCGACCUUCGAAGUACUAAAGCCGCAAGGCCUUCGAGUUUCUAUACCUGAUGCACCAGGCUUAAGAAUAUUUGGUUUCCACGCUAACGUAAAUAAGGCAAUUCGCGCCAAUGAAAACGGCGAAAUUGCCGGUGAUGUUUAUUUAGCGACAAACGGCCGUUGGAUUUUCGAGGAUCCGGAAGUGGCUGUAAAAAAAAGAGAUGUACUUCAUUAUUGGAUUUAUGCGCAAGUGAAUGGAGCUCAUUAUAAAAACAAUGUCCAAACGUGGAGACAUUCCUUGGGAAGUCAAGAAAUUGGCAGCCAAGAAACUACGCAGCGCUCUACUACAUCAAGGUAUGAAACUCCGACCACAAGUCGACUAUUGCUCGAGGAUAAUUUCGAUUCCUUCAAUGCGUCAUUAUGGAAACGCGAAAUAAAAAUGCCUUUAAGACCGGACUAUGAGUUCUGCGUAUAUCACAAUGACAAUCAUCAACAGCUUGUGCAAAUUGAUGAUGGUCAAUUACUCAUAAAGCCGAUUAUAUUAGAGGAUUUGUACGGCGAGAACGCGACUGCGUAUGGAAGAUUACAACUCAAUAAGUGUACUAGUACGAUCUCUGAGGAAUGUUCGCGGCAAGCAUUAUCAUAUAGUAUUCUCCCACCUAUUAUAUCUGCGCGACUUACCACGAAGGAACGUUUCGUUUUGCGAUACGGAAAAAUCGAAAUACGUGCGAGGUUUCCUCAAGGCGACUGGCUAUAUCCAGAAAUGUGGCUCGAGCCGAAAUAUUCUACGUACGGUGCAAAUUAUGCCAGUGGCCGUGUUCUUCUGGGUAUGUCGCGGGGCAACGAAAAUCUAGUGAAUGCCACGGAUGUUUCGAAAAUUUACGAUGCCCGAAGAUUGGAUUUUGGCGUGAGAGUAUUAGGCGCGAAUACUCUGUAUGGAUAUUCUCCCAAUAUUCGAGAAAUACUCGUAUCUAAGAUACAUGAAUUCGGACCGCGAUGGACAAAGGAUUUUCAUGUAUACACGACCAUCUGGACCAGUGACGGUUUCACCUUUUUGGUCGAUGGCGACGAAAUCGGCCAAGUGAGACCUGACGAAGAAGGAUGGAUGACUGGCCCUAACGUAGGCAGGAGAAAUGCUCCAUUCGAUCAAGAGUUCUAUAUUACUCUCGGUGUCGGUGUGGGUGGAGUGCGUGUGUUUCCGGAUAACACGACCAGUUCUGGAUCGCCAAAACCUUGGAGGAAUCUAGGUGCUAAGGCAAUGUUGAAUUUCUGGAACUCUCGAAACGAAUGGCUGUCAACCUGGAGAAAAGACGGUGGCGAAAAGACUGCUUUUGCGAUAGAUUACAUUAAAGUGUGGUCUCAUUGAAUUAAUGCGUUCACAUCCAUAUACUCAUUUCUUAUUAUUCAUAUAUCAUUUCUCUUAUCAUUCGUAUUUUUUAUAGCAAUAUAUCUCUCAGAUUUUUGUCAAAUGACGUAUGUACAAGUAGUUAUUCGAUACUGCUGCUAAGCAUCAAUAAAAAUUGGCAACUCAA